AAAAAGGGUGUUGAUCGAGGACUUGUGAUAGACACACGCCCAGCUUCAUCUUUGCUUCAAGCUUACUCAUUGCAGUAUGAGAAUCAAACUUCGCUUGGUUCCUCUUCUUCUUCUCCAACUGGUGGCUCUUGCCGCCGCUCAAGCCCCGCCGUCCCCCGUGACGGAACAAAUCCUUCAGAAGGUGGCCGGCUCGUUGCAGAUGUACGUCGACCCCCUGCCGCAGAUGCCAAAGAUCGUCGGCUACAGCACGCGACACGGCGGCGCGGCCUCUGUUUCCCUCACGAUAGGGAUGCACCAAAAGACAUGGAAAUUUCACCGUGACCUGCCUCCGACACCAGUAUUUGUCUACGGCACCAGCGCCGCCGCUGCCACCUUCCCGGGGCCAACCAUCAUUGCCCGCCAUGGCGUUCCACUCUCCGUCACCUGGGAAAACAACCUGCCGGACCGCCACAUCCUUCCCUUCGACCUCACCGUCCCGACGGCAAACCCCUCGUCUGGCGGUGUACCCACCGUCGUCCACCUCCACGGCAGCGUCCACCCACCGCAGUCAGACGGCAGCGCCCUCGCGUGGUUCACCGCCGGCUUCCGUGAGGUCGGCCCAAAGUGGACCCAAGCCACCUACAGCUACCCCAACGUCCAGCCACCUGGCAACCUGUGGUACCACGACCACGCCCUCGGCCUCACCCGCGCCAACCUCCUCGCCGGCCUCCUCGGUGCUUACGUCAUCGAGAAGCCAUCCGUUGAUGACCCCCUCCAGCUGCCGUGCGGUGACCAGUACGACCUCCACCUCAUCAUCGCCGAUCGGAGCUUCAACGUGGACGGCUCCCUCUUCAUGAACUCCACCGGCAACAACCCCUCCGUCCACCCACAGUGGCAGCCGGAGUACUUCGGCCAGGCCAUCACCGUCAACGGCAAGGCCUGGCCCUACCUCAACGUCAAGCGCCGCAAGUACCGCUUCCGCAUCCUCAACUCCAGCAACGCCCGCUACUUCCGCCUGGCUCUGUCCAACAACCUUCCAUUCGACGUCAUCGGCUCCGACUCGUCGUACCUCUCGUCGCCUGUGAAGACUCCGACCAUUAUUUUAGCACCGGCAGAGAUCGCCGACGUGGUGAUCGACUUCUCGCAAUCGACCACCACCUCCGCGGAGCUGAUCAACGACGCUCCGUUACCGUACCCGACCGGCACAGUGCCGGGCCCGCUAGACGGCAAGGUGAUGAAAUUCAUCAUGCUUCCAUGCAAUCCGUCUGACCCGCCCGACAACUCGACGGUGCCACCCAAGUGCGUGCCGUACGCAGGGUCGACGGCGACCGGCGACGUGACGCAGACAAGGUACAUCACCAUGUACGAGUACCAGAGCAAUGCGGGGACACCGACGCACCUGUACAUCAACGGCCUGAGGUUCGAGGACCCGGCGACAGAGACGCCCAAGUCCGGCACGACGGAGCUGUGGCACGUGAUCAACCUGACCAACGACAACCAUCCGCUGCACAUCCACCUGGGGAUGUUCCAGGCGAUCAAAGUGCAGGAGCUGGUGGACCAGGCGACGUUCAAGAGCUGCAUGACGCUGCAGAACGACGCGGUCAAGUGCAACGUGACGGCACACGCCGUGGGGAACGUACUGCCCACAGCAGACUACGAGAAGACAUGGAAGAACGUGGUAAAGAUCGAGCCGGGACACAUGACGACGGUGGUGGUGGCGUUCAAACUGGUGGACACGAAUCAGACGUACCCAUUCGACGCAUCGGCUGAGCCCGGUUACGUCUACCACUGCCAUAUAUUGGAUCACGAAGAUAACGCCAUGAUUCGUCCAUUGAAAUUGCUUCCUUAAAAGAGUUUUCCGGAAUUAGUAUUAAGUCUGCGUGAUUUGUGGUUGGGUGCUUCGAUUAUUGUAAGCGAAUAAGAAGGUCCUGAAGACUCUCGAAAGUUCUAGAAGACUGUAUUGUCGUGUACAGCGAAGCUUCUGGAAUGAUCAAGAGUGUUUUAGAUCCGUAAUAAUCAUGUCUUAAAUUGAUUCUUUUUCCUGUGA